AUGGCGUCAAACCCUCCUGAUAAUCAAGGAUUUUCCAUGAUUUGGUGGGGCGUCCGUCACCCUCCAGCAAAUCCAACAGUGUCCUUCGCUGGGAAAACGGUGUUAAUCACAGGAGCAAAUACCGGUCUAGGCUUUGAAGCUGCUUUAAAGUUUGCAUCUCUAGGUGCCUCGCGUCUUUUACUUGCUGUGCGAUCUCUCAAGCGAGGCGAAGAGGCUCGGUCCCGGAUAUGUCAACAGACAGGCUGCAGUGCAGAGAACGUGAAGCUUUAUGACCUCGACAUGAGCACUUUCGCUUCUGUAAAGUCAUUCGCAAAUAAUAUUUCGAAGAAACAGGAUGUGGACAUUGCUAUACUCAAUGCUGGUAUUGCUGCGCCGUCGUGGAAUCUCAGCCCCGAAGGUUAUGAGAUGUCCUUACAAGUCAACGUUCUCUCGACUGCGCUUCUGGGAAUCCUACUUCUCCCUCAACUGAAAAGGUCGGCCGGUCUGGCUGGCAACUCUACUCACCUCGAGAUAGUGGGUAGCAUUGCAGGGCGUGGAGUCAACAUCAAUGAGUUUUCGAAUGAGAUCGGGAUAUUGGAGCAAGCCAAUCAAGCAUCCUUUUUCACGGCACAGAAACAGUACGGUGUUUCCAAGCUAUUUGAGUUCUACGUCAUGCAAGGCUUAGUAGAAGCUUUAUCUCCGUCAGACCCAGAUAAAUGCGCUACGGAUGUUAUCAUCAACGCUGUUUGUCCUGGACUAUGUCGCUCAACACUAGGUCGAGACUUUCCAGCUCUCAUGAAAGCCCCGAUGGCCCUGUUUCAUUCUGUCUUUGCUCGCUCGGCUGAACAGGGUGCCAGAAGCUAUGUUAGUGGAGUUCUUCAAGGGGAAGAAGCACACGGUCAGCUAUGGAGUGGCGAUAUGUUCUUCAAGUAA